AUGAUUCUAAGACCCACUUUCAGAGGACUCAGACAUCUCCAACAAUUUCAAAUUUUACUUCACACCCAAUAUUCCAGUCAAUCCCAAGCACUUGCCAUCACUACCGAGAAUCCGCUUUUUGACUCUGAGCCAUCAGAUUUAACUGUUGCAGACCACUUGUUUGAUGAAUUUCCCCAAAGAGACCUUUCUCAUAACAAUCACUUGCUUUUCGAGUAUUCUCGCGACUAUCGCAGCGUUGAAACUCUGAAUCUCUUUCUUGGUAUUCGCCGCUCAGGGUCUUUAAUUGAUGGGUCUAGCCUUUCUUGUAUACUGAAGGUCUGUGGUUGCUUAUCUGAUCAGAUUAUUGGGAAACAAGUGCAUUGUCAUUGCAUUAAAUCUGCUUUUGUGGAGGAUGUUAGUGUUGGGACUUCUCUUGUUGAUAUGUACAUGAAAACUGAGAACAUUCAGGAUGGGAAGAGAGUUUUUGAUGAAAUGGUGGUGAAGAAUGUGGUGUCUUGGACUUCAUUGCUUGCGGGGUAUACAAGGAAUGGUUUGGUUCAUGAUGCAAUGGAUAUUUUUUUUGAGAUGCAAGUGGAAGGAAUUAAGCCUAACCCAUUUACUUUUGCUACUAUUCUUGGAGCUUUAGCGAACGAUGGGGCAGUUGGGAAAGGAAUUCAAGUGCAUUCUGUGGUUAUCAAAAAUGGUUUUGAGUCAACCAUUUACGUGGGUAAUUCUUUGAUAAAUAUGUAUUCAAAGUCAGGAAUGAUCAGAGAUGCUCAAGCUGUGUUUGACAGUAUGGAGAAUUGGGACGCAGUUUCUUGGAAUGGCAUGAUUGCGGGCCUUGUCACAAAUGGGCUUGAUUUGGAAGGGCUGGAGCUGUUUUAUCAGAUGAGGCUUGCUGGUGUGAAGCUGACGCAAAUGAUUUUUGCCACUGUUAUCAAGUUAUGUGCGAAUUUCAGAGAACUCUGUUUUGCAAGGCAACUCCAUUGCCGUGUUCUGAAAAACUGUUUUGGAUUUGAUCAUAAUAUUAGAACAGCACUUAUGGUGUCCUAUACCAAGUGUAGUGAAAUGGAUGAUGCCUUGAAAAUGUUCUCUACAAUGGAUGGACAACAAAAUGUGGUAUCGUGGACAGCUAUGAUCAGUGGAUACUUGCAAAAUGGAGGGACAGAGCAAGCAGUGAAUCUGUUUUCUCAGAUGAUUAGGGAAGGUGUUAGACCAAACCAUUUCACUUAUUCAACUAUCCUUACUGCUCACCCUACUGUUUCUCUUGUCCAAGUACAUGCACAAGUCAUCAAAAUUAAUUAUGAGAACUCAUCUUCAGUAGGAACCGCAUUAUUAGAUGCUUAUGUUAAGCUGAGAAAUACCAAUGAUGCUGCAAAAAUAUUUGAACUGAUUGCAGAGAAGGACAUCGUUGCGUGGUCUGCAAUGCUAGCUGGGUAUGCCCAAUCAGGAGAAACUGAGAGAGCUGUAAGAGUUUUCGUUCAAUUACAGAAGGAAGGGGUUAGGCCAAAUGAGUUCACCUUCUCUAGCAUCAUCAACGCAUGUGCUACUCCUACAGCAGUGGUGGAGCAAGGGAAACAGUUCCAUGCAAGCUCAAUCAAAUCAGGAUAUGAUAAUGCUUUAUGUGUAAGCAGUUCUCUUGUUACCAUGUAUGCAAAGAUAGGUAAUAUUGGGAGUGCUAAUGAAAUUUUUAAGAGGCAACAGGAGAGAGACUUGGUUUCAUGGAACUCGAUGAUUUCAGGGUAUGCACAACAUGGUUAUGGGAAGAAGGCUCUCAAUAUAUUUGAGGAAAUGCGGAAGAAAAACUUAGAAAUGGAUGUCAUAACAUUUGUUGGUGUGAUUUCUGCAUGUACGCAUGCAGGUCUGGUUGGUGAAGGACAAAGAUACUUUGAUGUGAUGGUUAAAGAUCUUCACAUUGCUCCAACUAUGGAGCUCUAUUCCUGCAUGGUUGAUCUGUUUGGCCGUGCUGGAAUGCUGGAGAAGGCCACGGCACUCAUUAACAGGAUGCCCUUUCCUGCUGGUGCAACAGUUUGGCGAACUCUCUUAGCAGCUUGCCGUGUUCAUCGAAAUGUAGAGCUAGGGAAACUCGCUGCAGAAAAGCUUAUCGCACUUCAGCCACAAGAUUCAGCCGCUUAUGUCCUGCUAUCUAAUCUAUAUGCUGCAGCUGGGAAUUGGCAAGAGAGAGCGAAAGUAAGAAAGUUAAUGGAUGACCGAAAAGUGAAAAAAGAAACUGGUUACAGCUGGAUAGAGGUUAAAAACAAGACUUACUCGUUCAUGGCUGCCGAUCAUUCACAUCCUUUGUCAGAUCGUAUUUAUAUGAAACUUGAAGAGUUAAGUAUCCGUUUGAAGGAUACAGGAUAUCAGCCUGACACGAAUUGUGUGCUUCAUGAUAUUGAAGAUGAACAUAAAGAAGCUAUUCUUUAUCAACACAGUGAGAGGCUGGCUAUUGCUUUUGGAUUAAUUUCCACACCUCCUGGCAUUCCAAUACACGUUUUGAAGAAUCUCAGGGUUUGUGGAGAUUGUCACACUGUGAUUAAGCUAAUAUCAAAAAUAGAAGGGAGGGAAAUUGUUGUCAGGGAUUCAAAUCGAUUCCACCACUUCAAAGAGGGUUUAUGCUCUUGUAGGGACUAUUGGUGA